AUGGACCACUCGAGGAGUGGGGGGGAAUACAGUAGCGUUGAUUCAGAGGACAAGUCGUCCCAAGGGGGAAGCCCAAGCACCUCAGGUUCGAGAGCUCGCGGGGCGUCCGUCAGUAGUGGAAGAAGCGACCGUAGUGGAAGAAGCGGCCGUAGCGGAAGAAGUCAGGAGAAGCGAAGUGGCAAAAUUGUGAGAGAAAAAAGGCGAGGGAAUCGCCACAAAAGGGUAGAAGCGGAAGAAGAGGAAGAAGCGGAAGAAGCGGAAGAAACGGAAGAAGCGGAAGAAGCCGAGACGAGUGUCGACCCAGAUGAAGGCGACUCACAAGUCAGAGGUGUCCGCAAAAGUGCCCGCAAAACCAGCCGCGACAUCAGGGAAAGGAUGGCUGAGACGAAGAAGGAAAAAAUUAAGGGGAGAAAUAAAUCGAGCAGUGCUCCGUCUGAGGAUCCUGAUGAGUGCGCACCCCAUGUGAAAAAAAGGAGACAGCUUAGGGAAGACGAUAGAGGAGGCAAAAGGGGCGUGCGCGCAAAGGAUAAACAUAAAUCAAGUGAUGAGGGACAUCAGAGGAAGGAACUUUUGAAAAAAAAAGUGAAAAACGGGAAUAGGAAAAGGAAGCGACAUCGUAGCAGCGGCAGCAGCGCCAGCAGCAGUAGCAAUGCCAGUGGAAGGUCGGAGGUGAAAAAACGAAUUCGACCUAAUGAGAGGCGAAGCGAUAAGAGAGAAAAUAGGAGAAGCGUGUCCGCCAGCUCGGGGGAUACUGACGUGGGGCGAAAAAUGACCAAGCAUGGCGAAACUAAUGACUCAGGGAGGAAUAGAAGGAAGGAUGGGAAGGACCACAUGUCUCAUGCGAGAAAGGAAAGACACGAUGAUAAGGAGCCCAAGAGGGGGAAAAGAAGGAGGGAUGAACGGUCGGAAUCAUCCAGCUUGGGAAGCAAAUCUCGCUCCCCGCGCGCUCCGCAUGACCCGCAUGACCCGCAUGACCUGCAACUCCCGUUUGACCCGUUCGCGGAGGACCAGAACGGAAACCUCGAAAUUAACGAGGACCUAAUCGAAUACGCGAAGCAGAAAAUCGCGAACGUGACGACGGAGGACAUAGGAAGGGCAGGAGGAGUGUACAUACCACCCUUCAAGUUGGAGAGGCUGAACAAGGAAGUAACGAACAAAAAGAGCACCCUCUAUCAAAAGCAAGAAUGGAUGAAAUUAAAAAAAAAAAUUAACAACAUAGUGAAUAAGGUCAAUGUAGAUAACAUAGGAGACGUAUGUUAUGAACUAUUCGAAUGCAAUUUGAUCCGAGGGAAGGGUAUAUUCAGUCGUGCACUGAUCCAUGCGCAGCUAAGCUCCCCAGCAUUCACUCACGUAUUUGCAGCUUUGUUAUGUAUCGUCAAUUCAAAAUUCCCAACAAUAGGGUUACUCACCAUACAAAGAAUCAUCCUACAUUUCAGAAGGUCCUACAAAAGAAACGAUAAAAUAGUAUGCCUCAAUAGCGUAAAAUUUAUUGCACAUAUGAUUAAUCAAAGAGUUAUUCAUGAAAUCGUAGGUCUUCAGCUAUGCUCUAUACUCUUGCAAAAUAUAACAAAUGACUCAGUGCAAGUGUGUACGUACUUUUUAGCAGAGGUUGGUCAGCUGUAUAUGAAUAUAUGUCGUAAAGGAAUCGAUAUAAUUUUCGAUCGACUGAAGGAUAUUAUACAAGAAGGGAAAAUUAACAUAAAAACGCAGUACGAUAUUGAGAAGCUAUGGACUUAUAGGAAGAAUUAUUUUCGUGAGUUUCCUACUGUCCUUGAAGAUCUAGAUCUCAUUGAUGAAGAGGAGAAAAUCGUACACGAAAUUGAUCUUCUGGAUGAGACUUUUGAGAAUCAGGAGGAGCUGAACAUUUUUAGGGAAGUACCCCACGAGCAGUACGAGGAGGAGAACAUCGAGUGGGACAAAAUUGCCAAUGAGUUGCUGCACGGAGAUGCCGCUGGCGGGGGAAGGAAAGGAAGGAAAGGAAGAGAAGGAAGUGAUGGAAGUGACGGAAGCGACGGAAGUGACGGAAGUGACGCAAGCGGAAGAAGCGGACGUAGCGGACGUAGCGAUGGUAGCGAGGGAAGCGGCAGUGGCAGCGGGGGUAGCGACCAAAGCAGCACGGACUCGGAAAACGACCAAGGCGGGGCGCGCUCCCGCAGUGAUGGCAGCGAUGGAAGUGGAGGUGCCGAUGACGAUGACGGAGACGGAGACGACCAGGCCAAAGAAGAAAUAACAGACAUGACAGAACAGUACCUAAUCAAUCUGAGGAAGAACGUCUACCUCUCAAUCAUGUCCUCCCUUAGCUUUGAAGAAUGUGUGCACAAAUUACUAAAACUAAACAUAAAAAAAGGAUACGAAAUAGAAAUAUGUAACAUGCUAAUCGACUGCUGCUGCAUGGAAAAAACUUUCCAAAAAUUUUAUGCUCUCCAGGCAGAGAGGUUAUGUAAGCUCAAAAGCAUAUAUCAGGAAAACUUCGAAAAAUGCUUUCAGAACUCGUAUAGUACUGCUCAUAGAUUGGAGACAGCAAAGUUGAGGAACUGUGCAAAAUUAUUUGCUCAUUUGCUCUACACGGAUGCUGUGUCGUGGAGUAUUUUCCUGAACAUAAAAUUGUCUGAGGAAGACACCACAUCGUCUACGAGAAUUUUUCUGAAAAUUUUAUUGCAGGAGUUGACUAACAAUUUAGGCAUGCAGGCAUUUUAUCAUAAAAUUAAUCACCCCGCGAUUUCGCCCUUCAUGAGUGGGCUAUUCCCGACCGACAAUGCUCAGGACAUGCGCUUUUGCGUAAAUUUUUUCACGGCCAUCGGCCUGGGCGCCCUCACCGCUUCGAUGCGGAAGUUGCUCCAGGGGUGA